GCGCCUAUUCUUCGAGUUUUGAUAUGGAUAUAGAAGUCAGCACUAGUAAGAAAAAAACCGACACAAAAUGCGACACGAACAGCCAGCGUUUAAUAGCCGAGAGUGGAGGCCGUUGUAUGAGCACGCAGGCCAUGCAAUCGCUCUACGAUUUCCGACAGAACAAUCUGCUUUGCGACGCGAUCUUGCGACUGGAGGACGGCGGUGUCUUUCCGAUUCACCGGGCUAUACUUUCAGCGUGCAGUACUUAUUUCAGGACUCUAUUCACGACAACGUUGCACUCUCGUGAGAAAACUGACGUCCUUUUGCCGGGCGUGACGAGCCUAGUGAUGACUCUUCUGCUCGAAUAUGCAUACCUGCGAUCAAUUGACAUAAAUCGCGAGAACGUGUGCGAGUUAUUGACCACGGCGGAUUACCUGAAUAUUCCGGGCGUAGUCGAUCUGUGCUGCGAUUAUCUGAGAGAUAAUUUGGCGCCAGAAAAUUGCAUCGGCAUGAUGAGAUUCGCCCGUGAACACUUUUGCAAGAAGCUGGAGAACGACGUUUACCGUUUCAUCAUGGGCCACUUCGUGGAGAUAUCUCAGAGGAGCGAGGAGAUCUUGCAUUUACCCAUAGAAGAGCUGCGAUCAUUAGUCGGCGCGGACGAACUGAAUGUGAAGAGCGAACAGACGGUCUGGGAACUGGUGCUGAGGUGGAUAAAUUACGAUCCAGAGUCCAGGAAGGAUCAUAUAGUCGAUCUGAUGCGGAACAUUAGACUCGGUCUUUUGGACACACAGUUCUUCUUGGAGAACGUCAAGGAUCAUCCGUAUGUCCUGGGCAACGACGCAUGCAGACCGAUCAUUAUCGAAACUCUCAAGUUCCUUUACGACCUGGAGAUGAUCACGCAGAAAGACGGGGAGGUUCCAACGCCGGAGAUUGCGCGACCUCGAGUCCCGAAUGAGAUUCUUUUUGCUAUCGGUGGGUGGAGAGGCGGCUCGCCGACAAAUUACAUCGAGACGUACGACACCAGAGCGGAUCGGUGGAUUCCGAUCGAGGAAACGGAUCCGGCCGGUCCGCGUGCUUAUCAUGGACUCGCGGUAGUUGGUUUCGACAUUUAUAUGAUGGGUGGCUUCGACGGGAUCGAUUACUUUAACAGCUGCCGUUGCUUCAACGCGGUGACCAAGGUGUGGCGAGAGGUUGCUCCUAUGAACGCCAGAAGGUGUUACGUUAGCGUCGCGGUUUUGAAUAAUCUGGUUUACGCGAUGGGAGGAUACGACGGAUACGAUCGGCAAAAUACGGCGGAACGUUACAACUACAAAACAAAUCAAUGGUCUCUUAUUGCGCCGAUGAACGUACGGAGAUCUGACGCUAGUGCGACUACUUUGAACGAUAAAAUAUAUAUUACGGGUGGCUUUGACGGGCAUGACUGCAUGAAUACGGCCGAAGUGUACGAUCCAAACACCAAUCAGUGGACGAUGAUAACCGCAAUGAGGUUUCGUAGGAGCGGUGUGUCGUGCAUAUCUUAUCACGGCUGUGUUUACGUUAUCGGAGGCUUCAACGGGAUAUCAAGGAUGUGUAGCGGGGAGAAAUAUAAGCCUUCCACUAACAGCUGGAGUCACAUUCCCGAUAUGUAUAAUCCGCGCAGCAACUUUGCCAUAGAAGUCAUCGAUGACAUGAUCUUCGCCAUCGGCGGCUUCAACGGCGUAACUACGACAUAUCAGGUGGAAUGCUACGAUGAGAAAACGAACGAGUGGUAUGAGGCGACAGAUAUGAAUGUAUGCAGAUCGGCGCUGUCGGCCUGUGUGAUUAUGGGUUUGCCGAACGUCUAUGAUUACAUACACAAGCAUCGCGAGCGACUCAUGGAGGAAAAGCGUCAAAAGUUGCUGGCUCACGAGGUGCGUCGAGGUCAGCAGCAACAGCAGCAGCAGCAGCAACAACAACAACAACAACAGCAGCAGCAGCAGGAGAGGACUCGACAGAAUUUGCAGCUCAAUUUAAUCGUGCCGGCACCGCCGCCUCCACCGCGAACAAACAUGAAUGAUAACAACAAUCGCCGACUUUAAACACGUGGGUUCGUCAUCAUCCUAAAUCAACUGUGUCACAUCUGCGCCCGGCUAAUUGGCCCCAUGCAAAUAUAAGGAUUAUUGUCAGACGUCGACAUGAAGUGACGGUCCGAAGAAGAAGAAGCAGAAGAAAAAAUUUACGGCCAGUGUUGGCCGCAAAAUGUCACAGCUCUUAUAUAUGUCACAUCCGUCUCAUUGUUUCCUCUUGCUUACUCGUGAGGAGGAUAUACUUUCAGACUGCCAUUUACUCAGCUUUGUUAAGUGAAAUUUUUUCUCUUUGAUAUUUCGAAUAUUUUUAUUUUUGCGAUGCGAUUUUACACGUGCUGAAUAUCAAGUCAAUUAAACUGAUUCGACUAUAAACGAAUAUAAACCUAUCUUUCGAUCUAAACCAAAGAAUACUUGUGGAAUAAACGCCACGCGUAAAUAUGCAUCCAUAUCAGCUCAGAUUGGAACUGCAUAUGCAAAGUGCAUAUCGUGCAAAAUGUAACGAAAACAGAUGAUAAACGCGAGGACGAGGAAUACGGCAAACAGAAGUAAAAUCUCGCGAGAUAAUGCCGUGGUAAACACCAACAGAAGGCGUUCGUGCACUACGUGAACAAAUUUCUCUAAUCACGACUUCGUAUGCAAUUGCGAUUGCGAUUGCGUGCAACGGCACGACAUGAAAAUAAAAUUGCAGCAACUCCCGACAAAAGUCGUUGAUUUAUUCAUGGUUCAUCGUGCGAGUGAAAAUCUAACUCGUGUGAUUAUUUUGGACCUCAACGUAUCGCGGACAAAUUAAAGAAGCGGUGAGUGGACAAGAAGAGGUAUUUUUAUUUUCUUGAACAGGUGAUUAAUAUUAUCUACUUCUUAUUUCAUCUUAUUACAAACUGUUAAACAAAAAUUAAAAUUACUUAAUUACAAAGCAGUAAAUGUAUGCUAAGUAUACACAUCGAUACGUUACGCAAUGCGUACUUACGG